AUGGUCGCAUUGGAUACUGUCUGGCCCGCAGAUUCGAUCGAGUUUUGCCCUCACGAGAGUGCUUCUGAUAUCUUUGUUUGCGGGACCUAUCGAUUAGAACAGCCCCUCGCCGAUACCCAGGUGCACACAGAUGACAAUAUAGUAGAUUUCGAACCUACGGCGAGAAAACAAAGUCAAGUCCGUCGUGGAAAGUGUCUUGUAUUGCAAGUGACAGAGGACAGAGGAGUUUCCCAGAUUCAGGAAAUCAGUCUUCCAGCUGUCCUCGACCAGAAAUGGUGUCAUACUUCUCGAACAGCCUCUCCAGUACUCGGAAUUGCAGACUCGGAAGGGAAUGUUACCCUUCACGAGUGGCACAAAGAAGAGCGCCAGCUCAAAGCAUUUCAGAGCGUAUCCUGUGCAACCUCAGACGUUCUGUGCCUUUCCCUGGACUGGUCUACCCGAAGAUACCCCACGAACAAUCACGGUUCUCUGGUAGUUUCCUUGUCAAAUGGAUCACUGUGCGUUCUGAAUCCUGAUUCAACUGGCAACUUGACUAUUGUCAACCGGUGGCGCGCGCACGAUUACGAACCUUGGAUUGCUGCUUGGAACUAUUGGGAUACAUCCAUCAUUUAUUCGGGUGGAGACGACCUAACCAUGAAGGGCUGGGAUGUCCGACAGAAUUUUAUCCAGCCCAUCUUUACAAAUAAGCGGCAUGUAAUUAUCUCCACAUGUUCUGUUUGUUUCUCAUACCCUCGAAGAUUUAACGCAGGUGUCACAACUAUUCAGAGCCAUCCACACAUCGAAUAUCUCAUAGCCGUCGGAAGCUACGAUAAUAGCGUUUGUAUUUUUGACACUCGGAAGCCGCUGGUACCGCUCGUUCAAGGAGAUGUCGGAGGGGGUGCGUGGCGUGUCAAGUGGCAUCCGUCGCCCAGUCGUAAGGAGGAUCUCCUCGUUGCAAGUAUGCACGACGGUUUCAAGGUGGCGAGGGCCCACAACGGAGAACAUGCAACGUGGGAAGUUGUGAAGCGGUUUGAUGAUCACAGGUCGCUAGCAUACGGCGUAGACUGGUCAUUUGCCCCUCCAGGUGUAGAUGGGGAAACAUUGAUCGGGAGUUGCUCAUUCUACGAUCACAUGUUACACCUUUGGAGCAGCUAG